AGAACGGCUGCUGCCGGAGCAGUCGCGGAAGCGCAGAUAUCAGAUCUGCAGCCAGUUCCCACAAGUCAGCGCGCGCCGGUAUAUCUGUUCGCGACCAGCGACACCUAGUGUGUGUGUGCGCUGUGGUGCAGUCACAAGCAGGCAGCGCCGCGUCGUCGUAGGGCCACUGAUCACCAGUCAUCCGACGGACACGAGAUGGCCCCGCUGUUGCGGCAGCUGCUGCUGGUGGCCUCGUUGCUGUCUGCGGCACACGGGGCGCGCAUCCUCCACGUCGUUCCGAUCCCGGCGUGGAGCCACUGGCACAUCUUCCGGGCGCUCAUGUGGGAGCUGGCGGACAGGGGCCACCACGUCACCAUCAUCACGCCGCUCGCCGAGAAGGAGCCCCACCGCAACUGGACCAUGGUGCCUGUCGCGGCCAACCAAGACAUCAUGCCCAGUGUCGGGGUGGACAUCUUUGACUACGGCAAGGACAAAAUCGACAUAAUGAGCAGACUGUUCCGCUACGGAGAACGCGCCUGCGAGCGGCUGAUGGAGGAGGAGGCAGUACAGCGGCUGCUCAAGUCGAAGACCGAGCGCUUCGACCUGCUGAUCAACGAGCUGUUCUUCAACGACUGCUUCCUGGUGCUGGCCCACAAGUUCCAGGUGCCCAUCGUGGGGCUGUGCCCCUUCGAGGGCGCGCCCUGGAUGGACGACAUGGUGGGCAACCCGACACCGCUGGCCUACCUGCCCAACAUCUUCCUGGACUACGGCCGGCUGGACUCGCUGCUGGACCGCGCUGGCAACGCCGCCUUCAGCCUGCUGACCAAGCUGUACCGGCGCUACGUCUACCUGCCCAGGGUGGACGCCAUCGUGCGCCGCCACGUGCCGGACGCUCCCAGCAUCGCCCAGCUGGAGCAGACCACGGCGCUCGUGCUGCUCAACUCGCACGUCGCCUUCAACGUGCCGAGGCCGAUGGUCCCCGGAGUCGUCACUUACGGAGGAAUGCAGCUGAAGCCUCCCAAGAAACUACCACAGGACCUGCAAAAGUUCCUCGAUGAAGCUCCAGACGGGGUGAUAUACUUCAGCCUGGGCAGCUACAUCAAAGGCACCGACCUGAGGCCGCAGGCCAAAAAGGCUUUCAUUGAGGUCUUCUCCCGCAUUAAGCAGAGGGUCCUUUGGAAGUUCGAAGACGACAAUCUGCCUGGAAAGCCGGACAAUGUCAUGAUUUCCAAGUGGCUGCCGCAGGCUGACAUACUCGCACAUAAGAACGUACGGUUGUUCAUGACGCAUGGCGGCAUCAACAGCAUUCAAGAGGCGCUGUACCACGGUGUUCCACUCAUAGGAUUCCCUGUGUUUGGAGACCAGAACUGCAACAUGAACCGCGUGGAGUGGAUCGGACUUGGAAUCAAAAUACCAAUCUCAAACGUGUCCGUGGAAUCACUCACUUGGGCUAUAAAAGAAGUCUUGGAAGUGCCAAGUUACCGACAAACGGCACAGCAACGCUCUCGAGUAUUCAGAGACAAUCCGAGGCCGCUGAAGGAGGAAGCCGCCUACUGGAUAGAGUACGUGCUGAGGCACAAAGGGGCCCCCCACCUGCGCUCGGCGGCCCUGGACCUCACCUGGUACCAGUACCUGCUGCUCGACGUCAUCGCCUUCAUUGUGCUCGUUGUUGUCGGUGUGUUGGUAGCACUGCUUCUGGUACUGAGGUAUCUCCUGAGGUUAUUUCGGAAGCCAGUCCCAAAAAAGACGAAGGCAAAAAGUUCUAAAAAAAGGGACUAAUUUCUCACAUAUUUCCCAUCAAAAGCUCAAGUGAUCUCUCAGUCCUUGAAAAGUGAUAUUCUCUUACAUCGUUGAGUCUUCUCAUUUCAUUUCUAAGCGUACCUUGUCUUCUCCUCGUCUCAUUCGCUAAUUUUCAUUGCCUGUUGUUCAAGAAAGUCUCUUAUUUUUUCUUGGUCGACCUAUUUUGCUGUUUCCAAUGCCGUUCUUUCCUCUUCUUUCGGAUUCCUCGGCUAUUUCUCCUUUUAUUUCCAUAUCUUCUCCCUGUCAGAUGUCUCUUCCACUUUCUAAAGUUUGUCCUGAUUGGUCCGCAGCUCGUGGUCGUGCGGUAGCGUUCUCACUUCCCACGCCCGGGUUCGAUUCCCGGCGGGAUCAGGGAUCUUCUCUACCUCGUGAUGACUUGGUGUUGUGUGAUUUCCUUAGGUUAGUUAGGUUUAAGUAGUUCUAAGUUCAAGGGGAAUGAUGACCAUGGAUGUUAAGUCCCAUAGUGCUCAGAGCCAUUUGAACCUUUUUUUUUUUUUUUUUUUUUUUUUUUUUUUUUUUUUUGUCCUGAUUACUGAUAAGGACUGAAUACACGCCUUUUUCCGAGCACUUCGCUAUCGGCGCCUUCAGCGAAAUGGUGUCCCAUUAAAGUUUCUAGAUUUACUAACCAGUUAAAGUGCACACUAACAGUAAACAUAAGAAAAUUUUUUGGUCAUAAAUAUACCAGUGAAUUACCCCACUUCAUAAAGUAUGACGGACGAGUUAAGUUUCCACAGCUAGCGAAGACACCAAUUCGUAGUGCCCCCCCCCCCUUUCCCCCCAUCAUUGUAGUCUACACAACCCUUGCAACAUAGCAUUUCAUUCCGUCUUUCUUCUAUAUUGUUUGCAGCUGUAUUCCUGUGUGGUUCCCAUUUUUCCUCUUUACCCGUUAUUUACUCACAUUAUUUAUCGUGCCUUGUUCACAUUUUUGAGUCCGUUGUCAUACCUCUUUCCAAAGACCAAGCAUCAAAGUUCUUAUAUUACCUUCUCUCCCUUGUCUCCCUCUAUCAAAAGUUGCGAAAGCGUUUUUUAAUUAUUAUUAUUACACAUGAACACUCAACUUGUUUAGUAUAUUUCGUUACGGCACUAUUCAGAGAAGUAGUAUGCUACAAAAACUACCAGAUGUACCGAGCAGUCAGAAUGUUUGCUAAUGUCAAAGUGGAGUGAGUAUUAUUGUAAUUUAUUGUAUGUUACGAAGUGCAAAUGUUUGAGACUUGAGAAAUGUGAAUCAUUUUGUAUAACACCACAGUGUGUAAACUAGUUAUUACUUUUGCUCUCUUAUGCAUUCUGUACUCAAUUUUGCAGUAUGAGUCUGUGUGUGGAAAUAAAGCGAUCAAACACUU